UUAGAAAGUGAAGUUCAGAGCCAUCUCUCGAGGAAGGACGCACAAUGAAAGAUUAAUCGCCCAUUUCAGAUCCGGCCAAAACAAAGAGUCGCUGGGGGAUCGCCUGCAUACAUAGUUCUACAUUUAUAUUAGUACAUUCAUUCCUUUCCUUCAUUCAGCCCUCACUUUGUUUUACUUCGCCAGAGAACAAUUCAGACGAGUAACUUUUUUUCAUUUCGCGCAAAUUGAAUUAGCCCGUUCGGGUUUACUAGAUACCUCCUUUUCGCGGUGGCUGCGAUCUCGGUCUUUUUGUCACACCUCUGCAGCCAUGUCCCAAUUCGGCACCCAGGGCAACAACCCCCCAUGGGCCCGGACGAACGUUUCUUUCUCAGGACAAAGUCUCCCGCCGCCGCUCGGACAGCCCGGACAGAUGCAGGCGCCGCCAAUCAUGCAGCACACGCUGCUCAGUCCGCAGGUCAGCUUCCAGCAGCAACAGCAGCAGGUUUACCAGCAAUCCAUUCAGAACAUGCAGCAGCAACAGCAACAGCAGCAGCAGCAGCCUGCGCCUGGACUUAUUGGACAGCAGAUCCAACUGAAUGCCGAUAAGUCCAAAGGCUAUGCUCCACCUGGAAUUCAGUGCUACCCCUUCCAGACGCCUCAGCUGGGAGGUUUGGGUGCAGCAGGCGGCCUCCAGCCCCUUCACUCUUUACAGGGCACAAUCCCUUCAACGCCUCAGCAAGGGCCAAUAUCAUAUCCAGCGCCAAGAAGUAUUCGAAACUUCACCAAUCAGCCACCUCCCUUGACCAAUGUCAUCAAUUCAACUCCACAACCAGUGCCCCAGCAAAAUCAGAUUACCCCAAAGAACAGGGUGUUCAAUGGCGUGAUAACCAAACUGCAUGAAAACUUUGGCUUCAUAGAUGAAGAAGUCUUUUUCAACUUGAGCGUCGUGGCCAAAGGGCAUCCUCCGGUUGUGGGUGAGCGUGCUCUGGUCGAGGCAUCUUUCAACCCAAGCAUGCCCUUCAAGUGGAAUGCGACCAAGGUGCAGGUUUUGCCCUCAGACAGGCAAAACUCUAAUGGCAACGUGGGAGGCUUUGGCGGUGUGCCUCCGCCACAGUUUGGCGGUGUGGCUACAGGUGGGUCUUCUGGAGGAGGCAAUGAUACUUAUGGGUCAAACGAACAAACGCGAAAUAGACCUGCCGAGAGGCGCAGGGAGGUACUGCGAAGAGGAAGCAGAGAACGUGACAGGGAUGCCGAGCGAGAGCGGGAGCGGGAAAGACGCAGGGACGACCGCCAAAAGGAACGAGAGAAAGAGAGAGAGAAAGAAAAGCGUUCUCGACUCAGCCGAAGUCCCUCGGAACCGUCAAGGAGGCGCAGCAGGAGCCCCAGGGCAACCCGCGUCGCCAGCCGCUCCCCACCGAGACGCAGGGCACGUGUCAUGCCGCGAUAUGUUGUUCAGAUACCAAAGAUAUCCUUAGAAAUCACUGAGGCCAACAUGCCAGAGCUUAAGCGGCGGUACACGAAUUUGUACCUGCCGUCCGACUUCUUUGUGUCCAAUUUCCGCUGGGUCGACGCUUUUCCUGCCCAUCGGCCUUUUGGCCUCAAUAAAUCUUGCGCGUUCCACGUCAUGCACAAGGAUGUGAACGAGAUCAUCACAAACGACGCAGUGUUGGAGCCGCAAGACGCGGACUACUCCUUCUCGGCAAAGGUGAUGUUAAUCAGCAUCCCAGUGCUGGAGGAGCUGUACAGAAAGUCCUGUGCCUUGGCUGAGGAUGUUAAGGAUGGUGAAGAGCGUGAUGGCUAUGUGCACCCGACACGGUUGAUCAACUUCUUGGUUGGUGUGCGUGGCAAGACCAAAGAAACGAUGGCCAUUGGUGGCCCCUGGAGUCAGUCUCUGGACGGGCCAAAUCCUGACAAGGACCCGUCGGUGCUGAUCAAGACGGCGAUCCGAACGUGCAAAGCGCUGACUGGGGUUGAUCUCAGUCCGUGCACCCAGUGGUAUCGGUUUGUGGAGAUUUACUAUCAUCGCAGCGAGACCACACACAAGGGCAAGGUGAUCCCGCCGCGUGUUGAAACUGUUGUCCUAUUCCUACCAGAUGUUUGGAGCUGUUUGCCCACGCGGCUCGAAUGGGAGUCGAUGCAGCUUGCCUACAAGAAGCAACUCUGCCGCAAACUCAAGGCCGACGAGGCGCCCGACGCCGCGGCGGCCGCAGAGCCAGCAGCAGCAGUGGCGGCGGCUACGCUCGCGGCUGAAGAGGCGCCGGAAAACCAAAAGGAAGAAGAGAAAAUGGAAACGGACAGCGAGAAGAAGCCGGAGCCGACCCACUUCUCUGAGCUUGACGUCAAAGUCAUGAAGGUGUCGGAAAUGAGGCUUGAGCUGGAGGCGCGAACUCUGAACUCGAAAGGACUUAAAUCCCAGCUGGUGGCACGGCUGACUAAAGCCUUGAAAACCGAGCAAGAGCUGGAAGAAGCCGGCGCCAAGGCUGCUGAGCAGGCGGCUGUGGAUAAGGCUGCUGAAUCGGAAGAGACCUCAAUGGACCUUCCGACAGAGUCAAGCUCCGAAAAAAAGGAGGACGGCGAAAGGAGCAAGAGCCAUGAGGACAAGGAAAAGCAGGCGAGAUAUGAGAGGCGCUUUGUACUGCCUGAAAACUCCCACAUCAUUGUGCAUCCCUCAAAAACAGCCAAGUCUGGCAAGUUUGACUGCACUUUGAUGUCACUGUCGCUCCUUCUGGACUACAGACAAGAGGACACCAAGGAACAUUCCUUUGAAGUGUCGCUCUUUGCAGAGCUCUUUAAUGAAAUGCUCAGAAGAGACUUUGGUUUCCGCAUAUACAAAGCGUUUGUGGACUUUCCUGAAAAGCCGAAAAUUGAAGAGAAGGAAAAAUCUUCUCUAAAGCAUGAGAAGAAAGAGGACGAGGCCGAGAACCAAGACGGGAAAUCUGAGGAAAAAGACGCUGCCGAAGAAGAUGAUGAUGAAAAAGAGCAGGAUGGACAGAGCUGCUCAAGUUUUGGCAGCAAGAAAAAAGACGCUAAAGACUCAAAAGAAAAGGAGAGCAAAGAAAAGCCUGUGAAGAAGGUCAAGAUGGUCACCAUCGACCCUGGGCUUCUGCUUGCGUUUGUUUAUUUCGACCAGUCGCACUGUGGCUAUAUACUGAACAAAGAUUUAGAAGAAAUCAUUCACACACUUGGUCUCAAUUUGUCUCGAGCUCAGGUAAAACGCCUCCUUUUGAGAGUAGUUACUAGAGACACUUUCAACUAUCGCAAGUUGACCGACCGAAGCGAAGCAGAGCUGAGUAUGGAAGCGGAGAUAGUGGAAGAUGACGAUAAAACUAAACAAUUGGCCCAUGGAAAUCAUCGGUUGCUUCCGAUUUUUGCAUCAGAGGACCGCUUAAGGCAACAGGACGAAACAAGCGAUAAGUCAGCUGCCAGUUCUGGCGUCAUUAUUUACAACGGCUGCGCUGUGGAUGUUGGGAAGCUUCUCCACCAGCUAGAAAGAAGUGAAAAAUCGCGUGUUGACACUGAAGAGAAGAUGGUGCAACUUGAGAAGCAAUUGGUUCAAGCAAAGGACACCUCCAAAGCGUCCUCAGAGAAUGCUUCCAAGCUAGCUGAUCAGUUGAAAGACUGCAAAUCACGCUUGAGUGAAACUGAGGAGGGACUCAAAAAAGAGAAGGAAAACAACACCAGGUACCUGACAGCCAUAAAUAAAGUAAAUGAAAUCGUUUGCCCCCUGGUCAUCACGAAGGAAGUGAAAAACUAACUGGCAUUGUGUAAGUUUCUUGAUAUUUUAUUCACAAUCUUUGGUUGGAAAAUUAUCAGACGUCUUGCGCUGUAUUUAAAUUUACUUAAUCAACUAAAAAUGCUUCCUUGAAAAAACUUUGUAACUUGAAUAAACCCUGUUGGUGUCAAUUUAGAAGUUAAAA